AUGUAUGAUCAAAAUGACAUAUUUAAUGCCGAUGAGAUUGGUUUGUUUGGUUUGCCGAACAAAACACUAACAUUCAAAAAUGAGAAAUGCUAUGGAGGAAAACGGAGCAAAGAGAGAAUUACUGUCCUAGUAGCAAAUUUGCUUAAAUCUAUACGAAAUUUAACCACAGUGUGGAAUGCCGUUGAAAGACCAGAAACAAUUGCCAUUUGUUUCAAAAAGGUAGGAUUUUCUAAAGAUGGAAUAGAGGCUUAUUGGGAUGAGGAAGAUUUUCUUCUCUUAGCUGAUUUGGCUGCUCUACAGGCUUCAUCUAGGAAUGUAACGAACGUUGAUGCUUCAUUUGAAGAUUAUUUCAAUGUUGAUAUUAAUGUGUGA